CAUAGACCGGUGUGAUCUGGUUUCUCUGUGACCAGUGUACUGGUGAACAGCAUCGAAGUAUUCCUUCGGUAGUCUUGUUUGUAAGCUUGUCUCCCUCUGGCUCACAUGAAAGAUGGAGGUUACCGACGGCAACCUUGAUACACUUGCUGUGUACCUAACUCAGACGGUGUCUGCAGAUCCAGCCGUGCGAAAGCCAGCCGAAAAGUUUCUGGAGGGUGUUGAAUGCCAGCAGAAUUAUGGCAUUUUGCUGUUGAAGCUUUUCACUCGCCAAUCUUCUGAUGACAUUGUAAAGCUUGCUGCUGCUGUUACUUUCAAGAAUUUUGUGAAGCGUAACUGGCCAGUGAAAGAAGAUGAGACUGACCGGAUAUCAGCUGCUGAUCGUUCUGCCAUCAAGCUAAAUAUUGUCAGUCUGAUGUUGAGCAUGCCCGCCAAACUUCAGAAACAGCUCAGCGAUGCCAUCAGUAUUAUUGGCAAGUCAGAUUUCCCACGUCACUGGCCAGAGCUUUUGCCUGAGUUGGUUCGCAACAUGGAGCAGUCGAGCACCGACUUUGACAAGAUCAAUGGUAUCCUCCAGACAGCUCACUCCUUGUUCAAGCGGUAUCGGCAUGAGUUCCGUACCGAUGAGCUGUUCUCUGAAAUUAAGUAUGCUAUUCAAGAGAUGGCCAAACCACUCACAAUUCUUUUCAAGAACACCAUUGCACUGGCUGGUGAGCAUGCAAACAAUGCUGCUGCUCUGCAAGUCCUCUUCGGCUCUCUGGCGCUCAUCUCCAAGAUCUUCUACAGUUUGAACUACCAGGAUUUGCCAGAGUUCUUUGAGGACAACAUGUCUAUUUGGAUGGACAACUUUCAUCAGCUGCUCACUACCAACAACAAACUGCUUGAAUCAGAUAGUGAAGAUGAAGCUGGACCUUUGGAGAGGCUGAAGUCGCAAAUCUGUGACAAUGUUGCCCUUUAUGCACACAAGUACGAUGAGGAAUUCCAGCCACAUCUUCCAAAAUUCGUGGAAGCAACAUGGAACUUACUGGUCAACCAGACGACUCUGCAAGUCAAGCACGACCUGCUCGUAUGCAAUGCCAUUCAGUUCCUUGCGUCUGUUGCCGCUCACGACAAAUACAAGACGCUGUUCGAGGCGGAGGGCACGCUGACCACCAUCUGCCAGAACGUUGUUGUGCCCAAUAUGCAGUUUAGAGAUGUUGAUGAGGAGCAGUUUGAGGAUAACCCAGAGGAGUAUAUUCGACGUGACAUUGAGGGAUCAGAUGUGGACACCAGGCGGCGGGCUGCCUGUGACCUGGUACUGAGUCUGACUAAAGUGUUCGAAGGGCCGGUUACCGCAAUCUUCAAAGCCUACGUAGCCUCUCUUCUUCAGGAGUACAAUACUGACAACAAGAACUGGAGAUGCAUGGACACUGCAAUCUAUCUUAUCUCAGCACUGGCAUCCAAGGCAUCAACAGAGAAGCACGGAGCAACAAAAAUCAACCAACUUGUUGAUCUCAACGAUUUCUUUAGCAACACAAUUGCGGCGCUUCUUCAGGCUGAGGAUGUCAAUGACAAGCCUGUGCUAAAAGCAUCUGCUAUCAAAUUCCUGGUCACAUUCAGACAACAUCUGCCCCGAAAUGUCUUGUUGGCUGCGUUUUUACCACUAUCCGCACAUCUGGCCUCCACGCACACUGUGGUGCAUACGUAUGCAGCACACGGUGUCGAACGACUACUCAUGCUGCAGAAUCCUAGCGGAGGUGCACCAUUCACAGGUGCCGAUUUGGAGCCUGUCCUCAAGCCCCUUCUCGCCCACAUGUUCUCAGCUCUAUCACAGCCAGGAUCGCAAGAGAGUGACUACGUCAUGAAGGCUCUCAUGAGGACGUUAUCAGCCGCUCGCGAUCACAUCCUGCCAUACGUUCCUUCACUUCUUGAGCAACUGAAGGCCAAGGUCAUCAUGGUCGCAAAGAAUCCAAGCAAGCCCAACUUCAACCAUUAUCUAUUUGAGUGCAUCAGCUGCAUGAUCAGAUUUACUUGUCAGAAGGAUGUGGCGGCAAUUGGUCACUUCGAGUCUGAACUCUUCCCAAUCUUCCAGAUCAUCCUGCAGAACGAUGUGCUUGAGUUUCUGCCAUACGUCUUCCAGAUCCUGUCACUGACGUUGGAGAUACAUCCAGCACCUAUCCCUGAUGCCUACAUGGACCUGUUUCCUCUGCUGCUUGUGCCAGCUCUGUGGGAGAGACAAGGAAACAUCACACCCCUUGUGCGCCUCCUGAAGGCCUACGUCUGCAAGGCAGGCAGCCACAUCAUUAGCUUGGGGAAAAUGGAGCCACUUCUAGGUGUGUGGCAGAAGCUGAUUGCGUCCAAGACAAACGAUCACGAGGGCUUUAGUCUUUUGCAGGCAAUUGUGGAAUACAUCCCACAAGAUACCCUUGAGCCGUUCCUCGGUACUCUAUUCACGUUGAUCUUCCAGCGUUUGACAAGUGCGAAAACAGUCAAGUUCGUAAAAGGUCUAAUUGUCUUCUUCAGUCUGUACGCUGGCAAGUUUGGUGGCUCGGCGCUAAUCAAGCGCAUUGAACCACUGCAGACAGGCCUGUUCAACAUGGUCCUGGAAAAGCUUUUCCUCUCAGAUCUGCAGAAGGUAUCCGGACCUCUGGAUCGCAAGACUUGUGCUGUUGGUGUGACCAAUCUGCUGACUGCAACACCGGAAGUUCUCAGUGGUACCUAUGCUUGCUGGCCGAAUGCACUGGUGGCACUUGUACGCCUAUUUGAAUUGCCAGAGGAGGAGGACGGUGAUGCUGAUGAGCAUUUUGCUGAGAUUGAGGAUCAAUCAGGCUAUCAGACAGUGUACGCGGGACUGAUAUUUGCCGGCCGGGUGCGACACGAUCCUUUCCCAGAAGUUGCCGAUGUCAAGGUUGCUUUCGUCAAAUCUCUACAGACUAUGCUGGCGCAGCACGCACAGUUCGUAAAAAUCAUCCAGGCCUCAGUGCCAGCGGAUGUCCAACGUUGCAUACGCUUGUAUUUUGAAGGAACUGGCACACCCGUACCCUUCUGACUUAUCUAACCUCCUCUUUAGACAGUUGUACAUGUUUACAUCAUCCCCUUGCUACAUCAUCCCCUUGCUGUCCCAUGAAAUAUCCCUUUAUACUGGCUUAAUUUCAGUGCCUUUAGAAUCUUCAUAUUGAAUUUUUAAGUCAUCCUUCAAGCAAACAAUUUUGCUUGCAAACAGAAACGCUACACUGCUGUGCAAUGCUCAUUUGCCUCGCUGAAUGCUCACUAAUGUGUGGUGGUGUUCUUGCCAUGUUUUUUUGGCGUUUUGUUGGCUCUCUCACGCGCGCGCUCUCUCUCUCUCUCUCUCUCUGUUCUUGCUCAACUCUGUCCUGCUGUUCUUUAUUUUGCGGAUCACUUUGUCAGUGCUAUGUUUUGCCUAGGCAACUAGCUUUCCUGGCUAUCUCACAGUUUUCACUUACAAGUACUACAUGCACACACACACUGCUAGGAAUGACUGGCUCUUUCCUAUUUUGCGAUUUUGGCCAUGGUGUGAACGAAGACUUUACUCUGGAGGCUCUCUGUACUCCUGUUUCACACUGUCUCCGUAUGUUUUUGUCUUUUCUUUCUGUAAGCCCAAUGAUCUUGUUCUUUGCCGUGUAUUUGAGUUGGUAGAGCUUGAUUUCAAAGCUGCGUGUAUUUAAAAUUCUAACAGCUACUAACACUGCAUUCACUGUUGCUUGUUGAUCAUGAUGUGCUCAUCCAUCCAGGUCUUCAUUGUUCAUGUCCAGCAGUAUGAUACCUGUAAUUCACAAAACUCUAUACAGAUAA